UUUAAAUUUCAGAUACCACACGCUUUGCAUAUGGAAGAUUCUAAAUUAAAGUCCAAACUGCAGUUAUUCACAAUAGACGCGCAGUGAGAGAGAGAAAGCCCCAAAAGUGGGGAGCGCAACUGCCGUGCGAGCAAGAGAGACAGCGGGUGUAUCCCCCUUAAUUGCCAUUUACACUGCACUUUCUGUGCAGAGAGGUAACUCAAAAGAGAAGGCAAACAACCGGCUGUCAGUUGGGGAAUUCAAGAAAGAGAGAAAAAGAGAGAGAGGGAAGCCUGGGAGCUAAACAACAAGAGCCAAAUAUUCACGACAAGAUAAUGACUUGUUUCAUUUGAUAUUCGCCAGCCGGCAGCAGCAGAACAACAAGUAAAAACAUUAGCCGCCGCAGCUGCGGACACUAAAUUAGAAUACUAACGGCGACAAGUUAUCGCACAAUUAGUACGCGGGCGAGAAUUGUUGCGGAGAUACGGCGGACACCCGAAAUUUUCCCAAAAAACCGAAGUGCCGCCUAAGUGUUAAUUAAGCUCACAAAACAAAGAGGAAAUAGAGCUAAGGCAUGUAUACGAAAAUUUUUCGCACUGUGAUAAUCGGAGCCCCCGGCUCUGGCAAGGGAACGAUUUCGGAGUUGAUUGUCAAAACCUAUGGCUGCCUUCACAUCUCCACCGGCGACAUCCUGCGCCAGAACAUUGUGAAGAACACGGAUCUUGGCAAAAAGGCAAAGCAAUACAUCGCCGACGGACAACUGGUGCCGGAUGAGAUCGUAACUAAGACGGUGCUGGCGCGGAUAACCGAGGUGGGCAACAAGUCUUACAUCCUAGACGGAUUCCCGCGAAACAUUGCCCAGGCCGAGGCUCUGGCCGCCCGCGAACAGAUCGAUGCCGUGAUCACGCUGAACAUUCCACACGAUGUGAUCAUCGACCGGGUCAAAAACCGCUGGAUUCACGCGCCCUCUGGCCGUGUAUACAACAUAGGGUUCCACGAUCCCAAAGUGCCUGGCAAAGACGAUGUAACGGGUGAAUCGCUAACGCAGCGCGAGGACGACAAACCCGAUGUGGUGGCCAAGCGGCUGCAGUUGUACGAUGAACUGAUGAAGCCAGUGAUAGCCUGGUACGAAAAGAAGGGACUGGUCGCAACCUUCAAGGGCAAUAAGACUAAGGAGAUCUGGCCGCGAGUGGAGCUCUUCCUAAGGGAUCGUAUGAACAUGUGAUGGGACAGCCCGAAACUCUCCCCAUUGUGCACAAACUAACAAUAAACUGCUGUGUUCGAUUAAGUGGAUAACAUAUUAAAAUUUAUAUUCAUAUGAGUACGUAUGUAAUAUGUAUGUUUGUAGGCCGUGUCCGAGGAGAAAAAGUUUGAUUAAUGUAAGUGUGAAGCCUUACGAUGUGACAGCUGUCGUCAUAUAUUCCCACACAAAGCAUUCCCGUCAUGAAAAUAAUGUCUUGCAGCUCUCCCCUUUUUUUUGUAUUUUUGUACUUGUAGUCUGUGCUCUGAUAAUAAAUAGCGUUUGUUAUAAUUGCGCUGAUAACGUAA